AGAAUAUCACUGGGGCUAGGGCCAUGAAUAAUGUUCCUCUCGACGUUAUCAGAGAGUUUUUUUAUCACCUCAUAUCUGCAGAUGGUCCUCAGGGACCAUGGCCGGAUACUCUGCGAACAAAGCAGGACUUGGCAGCGUGCACGCUCGUGUCUCGCACCUGGCGAUUGCUUGCUCAACCGUACCUCUUUCGUGACAUUCAUUACUCAUACAUGAACCCCACGGAUGACUCAGCCUACGGACAGAUUGUAGAGACCAGAGGUCGUUGGAUAGCCUCGGCCAGCUAUUCGACUCGGAAGUGGCUCCCGCGCAAGACAUUCACCAUGUUUUGCGACUUUCUCAAACAGUCGCCCAAUCUUGCUGGCCAUAUCCGCCGAUUAGUGCUUACGCCGGCCUAUCCGAGCAUUUUACCCGCAUUAGCUGGAGCAAACGUGGCACCAGUCUCGAUCGCGUCGUUCAAUGCCCUCCUACAACUCCUUCCGCAGCUGCGCAAGCUCUCUCUCAUCAACUUCACGCUGGACGCCCCGGCCGAGUUCCACUUUCACCCUCCCUCUGGAGUCCCGUCACUUGUCCAACUGGACAUGAUCAACGACAGCCCCAAGCUUGGCAUCGCAAUCCUCGCCGGGGUCCUGGGAUGCUUCAGUGCAAUCGGGAAGCUCCGUCUCAUGGGCAUGGACAUGCCGAUGGGCUACAGUCCCUUCAGGUUCGAUCCACCUCCGGAGUCCGAGCCCACCGGCCUGGUUCCGGCCUACCCCGUUCGAGUUCAGCACUUCAUUCUUGGUGCCGCAGAGCCCCAGGUGUACAUGGGCGUUUUGACCCGUUUCAUCCACCUCGAAGGUGUCCGCAGCCUCAGAGUUAUGCCAUGUCCAAAUCCAUGGCUAUACGAGAGCCUCAUCGGCGCCUGCGGUCCCAGCCUGGAGGAGCUCACCUUAUUCUUCGCUGGGGACGAUUUACUGUUUAAAGCAACGCCAAAACCCCUACCUGUUCCUUCCAUCGCUCCGUGCCGCAAUCUGAGGCGGCUGACCCUCAUCACCUCGGUGGGCCCUGCAGAGGCCCUCUCAGCGUCCCCAGACAAUCCGCGGGACGAGAGGUCGCCGAAGGAGCUGCUGCAGGAGCAGCUCGCGCCCGUCACGACCCUCCUCGCCAAGGCGGAUGGUCUGCGCCGCGCCAGCUUCCCGCACUUCUCCGCGCUUGCGUUCCGUAUCGACGUCGGCCUGCACGGCUUUGCGGGUGGUACCAGACAGGUGGUGCUCGGCGAUGUGCCGUGCGAGGGCGCGGCGGACAGGCUGGACGCGAUCCUGUACGAGCUUGCGCGCGAGCUCCCGGAGGGGAAGAUCCCGUUCGUGUUCAUGGACAUGACCAUGCCUGGCCAGCGCCCGGGAGAGCACAGUGAUGGUUCGGGGCCCGAAGGGGAGAGGGUUGUAGGCGGCGAAAUGUUCCUGGGGAGACUCUUCCCGAGGCUGAAGGCGCAUGGGAUGAUUGAAGUCGGGGGCGUGUCUUCCGAGUUCCCCGAUUACCAGUGAACGUCGCUGGCGCGUGGCGCCCGCCACAUUGGGCCCGUGGCUAUUGUCCAGGCUCGUCCCGGCGCAGCGCUGUCUGCGGGUGCAGCAGGUCAACUGGCUCUCCUAAUCGGCUUAUUAGUCAAGAUCGCAGCUUGGUGCGACAGUGAGAAGAAUCACAGCAUCCCGUACCAUGUGCGGCUGCUCGCUAAUCACCUUCAAAUACUAGGGCUACUAGAGCCUCUAUAAAAUCUGAAUUAUGCACAUACCGUGGUAACGAGAUUCACGUUAUAUGGCCGACAUCCGAUGGCCCGGGCUGUAUAUGCAUGCUAGUAUGACUUCGAUCGCGUGUUCCCUCACCGCUGUGUCGAAAACGG